GCCAAUGGGCGGCGGUGUAAGUGCGGCGGCUCGCUUUUUGAAUUGGCGGCGGCCGCUGAUGGCGGAUGGCGGCGGGCGGCGCCGGCGCUGUUGAAGAGAGAAACAAAGCAUAAUCAUGGCUGACAGCAGUACUCUGGUGUCUGAAACUGGGAGGAGCCUCUUGGCUGAUUCUUCUGUUCUUGAGUCAAAAAUGAUAGAAACCUCCAAAGAGAAUGUAUUCCGUGCAACUGUUCUGGAUGUUGAAGAAGAAAUGCCUCAAAUAGAAACAAGAGUGGUUUUGGUUCAGGAAGCAGGGAAACGUGAGGAGCUUCAGAAAGCCUUGGAGACCAUUAAGAUAAUGGAAGUACCUGUUAUAAAGAUAAAGGAAAGUAGCCCUGAUAAAUCAGAAGAAAAACUAAUAAAAAGUAUUAUUCAUAUGGAAAUUAAAAUGCCCUACAUAAAGACAGACACAAUAGAAGAGCUUGGAGAUUCUGAUUCCCCUGAAUUUGAGACAAUCUUCGUUGUGUCAGACUUCCAAGCUCCCAUCUUCAGCAACCUCUGCAAGGCAGACUGCAGAGUCAUCGGGCCGCCGGUGGUGCUGCACUGUGCACAGAAAGGAGAGCCUUUACCUUUCUCCUGCCGUCCACUGUACUGUGCAAGUAUGUUGAACUUGGUACUGUGCUUUACAGGAUUCAGAAAGAAAGAUGAAUUAGUUAAGCUUGUGACCUUGGUUCAUCACAUGGGUGGAAUUAUUAGAAGGGACUUUAGCUCAAAAGUUACUCAUCUGGUGGCAAACUCAACACAUGGAGACAAAUUCAGAAUUGCUGUAAGUCUUGGUAUUCCUAUCGUGAAAGCAGAGUGGAUUUAUAAGGCAUGGGAGAAAAGGAAUGAAAUUGAUUUCUGUGCAGCUGAUGAUGAUUUUAGAAACCAGUUCAAGGUUCCUCCCUUUCAGGAUUGCUUGCUAAGUUUCCUGGGAUUCUCUGAUGAUGAGAAAGCUAACAUGGAAGAAAUGACAGAAAUGCAAGGAGGACAUUAUUUACCAGUUGGUGAUGAAAGGUGUACACACUUGGUGGUUGAAGAAAGUACAGUAAAAGAUCUUCCAUUUGAACCUUUAAAAAAACUUUAUGUUGUGAAGCAAGAGUGGUUUUGGGGAAGCAUUCAAAUGGAUGCCAGAGCUGGAGAAUCCAUGUAUUUAUUUGAGAAGUCAGAGAGUCCUGAUUUCAAGAAGUCGGUGUCGCUGCUGUCCCUGAGCACGCCCAACAGCAACCGCAAACGGCGCCGCUUGAAAGAGACUCUGGCCCAGCUGACCAGGGAAACAGACCUGUCCCCCUUCCCUCCUCGGAAACGCCCCUCAGCUGAGCACUCCCUCUCCAUUGGCUCCUUGCUGGAUAUUUCCAACACUCCAGAGUCAAGCACUGCCAAUGGAGAAACACCAAAAUCCUGCGCAAGACCUUCCAAAAACUCCACUCCUCUUCCUCUCAAGCAGUCUGCAAGAUGGCAGGUUGCAAAAGAAUUGUAUCAGACAGAAAGUAACUAUGUUGAUAUUCUGACAACAAUUAUUCAGUUGUUUCAAGUUCCUUUGGAGAAGGAAGGACAACUUGGGGGACCAAUCCUUGCACAGGAAGAGAUCAAGACCAUAUUUGGCAGCAUUCCAGAUAUUCUUGAUGUGCACACUAAAAUCAAGGAGGACCUGGAAGAUCUUAUGAUAAACUGGACUGAAAGCAAAAGUAUUGGUGACAUCAUUCUCAAAUAUUCAAAAGACUUGUUGAAAACAUACCCUCCGUUUGUGAAUUUCUUUGAAAUGAGCAAGGAGACGAUUACAAGAUGUGAAAAGCAGAAACCAAGGUUUCAUGCCUUCUUAAAGAUAAAUCAAGCCAAACCUGAAUGUGGCCGCCAAAGCCUCGCUGAGCUCCUUAUCCGUCCUGUGCAAAGGCUGCCCAGUGUUGCCCUACUACUGAAUGAUAUUAAGAAACAUACAGCAGAAGAGAACCCAGAUAAAAUAACUCUAGAGAGAGCUAUUGAAUCAUUAAAGGAGGUGAUGACACACAUUAAUGAAGACAAAAGAAAAACAGAGGCACAAAGGCAGUUCUUUGAUGUUGUCUAUGAAGUGGAUGGAUGUCCAGCCAAUCUCCUGUCCUCCCACCGCAGCUUGGUGCAGCGUCUGGAAACUGUGGCACUUGGGGAUGACAUCUGUGACAGGGGAGAGCAGGUCACACUCUUUCUGUUCAAUGAUUGCCUAGAGAUUGCGAGGAAACGGCAUAAAGUUAUUGGAGCUUUCAAGAGUCCCCAUGGCCACACAAGGCCUCCUGCAUCUCUCAAGCAUGUUGUUCUCAUGCCUCUCUCCCAGAUCAAGAAAGUCUUGGACAUCAGGGAGACAGAAGAUUGCCAGAAAGCUUUUGCCUUAGUAGUGAGGCCACCUACAGAACUCAACAACAAGCUGCUCAGUUUCCAGAUGACAACUGAAGACCCUUGCAAGGAGGACUGGCUGAAGAUGCUGUGUCGGCACGUGGCCAACACGAUUUGUAAAGCAGAUGCAGAAAAUCUCAUUUAUGUUGCUGAUCCUGAUUCAGUUGAAGUAAAUACUAAAGAUAUGGACAGUACUUUAAGCAGAGCAUCCAGAGCCAUAAAGAAAACAUCAAAAAAGGUGACAAGAGCCUUUUCGUUCUCCAAAACGCCCAAGCGAGCGCUGCGCAGGGCUCUGAUGUCCCACAGCGCCACGGAAGGGCGGAGCCCCAGCUGCAGCGAGAGUUACAUCGGCAGCCGCCUGACCAGCACCUCCUCGCUGGCGAUUGCUCGUUCCUCUUCCACGUGCAGCCUAAGUGGAUCUGCCAAGUGUGCUGUUAAUGUCCAUCGCUCCAGUUCUGUUGAUUGGUGCUCUCAAAGCUCCAAGCCUCGACCUGUGCUGUGUCCAGGCUCUCCAAAUACUCAUCUUCCAAAUGCUCUAGAAGCAAAAGCUUCUUCCAACUUGGAAAGCUUAAAUGGUCAUGCCUUGGACAGACCAUGUGCUUUCCCUGUAGUUACUGCCACCUGUGCUGAUGCUGGAGGUGAUAACCAGUGUGGUGCUGGGAAAUUCUGUGCAUCACAUCCUGACUGAAGAAAUCCUGAGUGCUGGUGUUCAUUCUCCUUCCUUGGUCAGCCUUCCCUCGAUCUUUGAAAAGAGGAGUCACACAUUAAGCCGAUCCACAACCCACCUGGUGUGAGGCAGCUGGGGCAGGCUCUGCUCUGUGGCAGUGACUGACAGGCAGUGACUGUGACUGACAUUUCUGGUACCUUAGUCAUUAGCACUUAGCCAUGAUUAGCAAAAUGUUAGAUGACACUAAGUUAAUCACAAGGGGGGUUUAGUUGUGUUGAAGCAGACCAGCCAAUCAGUGGAGUAAGUGACUUGGCCUUCAUUUAAACACAGUAUUCCCUUGUACAGAUUUAUUUCCUUACCAGCAUAACUGAAACAUUUUCUUCUAUGGAAAUUGUCCCCUCCAGGCUGGUUUGUCAGAUCUUGAAAUGAAGAUGAUGAUCACAUAAUUUACUGCUAGUUUGGAUGACUCUUAUGCUUGCCUAACUUCAUCUACUGGCAGAGCACUCUAAUGUUUGAAUUGUGGAUUUCUUAAAUGGAGAAACAUUAUGAAGUACCUGACCUUUCAAGUAUGACAGUUAACCUGUUGUACAGCUGCUUAUUCCAGAUAUUUUAUAAAUGUAGUUGUUUAUAAUUAAAUAGAAUUGAGUUUUGUGAUUAUGAUCUCCUGCAGCCUCACUGUAAACACAGUGGUAUGAGGAGCUUUGACCAUCAGAAAUGAUCAAUUGAAUUCUUUGUCUUGCUUUGAAGUGGAAGUCUGAGGAAAAGAAUUACACUCCUCUUUAGUAGGGUUGUUAAAAAACCAAACCCCCACACAUUCCCCAUACUUGGUUAACAAAUCAUUAUUUAAUGCAUAGGAUUCUUGGUGUGACGUUGGAACUUCAGGGUCCAAUUUUGGCAUGUCAAAUUUCAGUGUACAACUCCUAAGGCUUUUAGGCUUCCUCAUGUAUUUAUGUCUUCCUUUAAAACUAUGUUCACUUCUGUCAUCUCUGAACAGUUUGUACCCUGCAAUGCACUCUCACAAACUAUCUGAAUAUGUAAAUUUCUGCAUUUCAUUAACAGUUCAACUGUUGGUAUUAGCAGGAGUUCACAACUUCUGGUUUCUUUUUAACCACCUGUGUUUUGUCUUGUAUCUAUAUGUAACUAGUGAUGCUUUUGAAUGUGUCAGACUGCACUGUUUUUUAUAUCUCUUUGUCAAUCUGAGCAAUGUAAAUAAACUGUUUAAAAUAACACUGCUUCUGGCUUUGCUAAACAAGCUUUUAUGAAAGUUUACUUUUUUUAUGUGGGGAAAAAAGGGCAUUUUUGGGCUCCAACCUACAACUGUACUCUGAUUAUCUACGUAGUUAUUCCUAAUAAAGUAUACCACUUGAUAGGCCUGAA